UCUCCGUUCUGGACCUAGUCUGAGUCUUUUAAUGGAGAUUUCUAUCCUGCUCUAUAGGCUUAGUAUCUCCGCAAAAGAGUCGGCCUCCAACUCUGGGGGAAUUCCAGGUUCCACCCUUCUGGGAAUGGUCUCUCCCACACCUCGGGGCGGGGCUGAGGCACUCCCCGGCUCCACUCAGCUCCCCUACAGUUCAACGGAGACGCGGGAAAAUGGCGGAACGCCGUUUCAGGCCUUUGGGGGGGUCCUUCUCGGAAGCCGGACCUAGUGUCUCAGUGAACCCCAAGGCUAAAGGGAGAAGAGUACCAGCUGGAAGAAUAGUAGAGUCUCGGUAUUUGCAGUGUGAGAAGAAAAAAGUUGUUAAGGCACUUGCAUCUGAUACUUCAAUCAACAGUUCUAAUGGGAAACAGACCGAAAGUGGAAAAAAAUCUGCUGUAUCUCAGAAGGGUAGCACAGGUAUUUCUGCUGGAUCAUUAGAUACUAAUCAAAUUGAAAAGGAUGAUCUACAAUCAACUCUGUUAGAAGGGCAUAGAGCUGCACCUCCUGAUCUGGAUCUUUCUGCUAUUAAUGAUAAAAGUAUCAAGAAAAGGACUCCACAGUUAACCAGUAAAACUAAUACAGCACAAAAUUCCAAAACACCAAAAAAACACAACACAGUUUCACCAGAAGAUAUAAAAAUGAUGGAGUCACAGACAUUACUUCUAACACUUCUGGCGGUGAAGAUGAAAAAACAUCUUGCUGUAAUGGAAGAAAAGGAAGAAAGAAAUCUAAUCAUGUUAUGUGAAGAAAAGGACAGACUGCAAAAAAAAGUGCAGGAAUUGAAACGCAAGCUUCUAUUUCAUCAGAAAGAGCAAGACAUGGUGGACGUCCUUGCUACUCAAAGUGAAUUGCUUGCUCCCUUUGUGGCAGUGUCUGAGGGUUUUAAGAAGGAUUAUAAAACUUUUGCAACUGCACUGGACUCUACCAGGCAUGAACUCCCUAUGAAGUCCAUUCACAUGGAAGGAGAUCAGGACCAGUUUUUAGAUGAGCUACAACACCAGCUGUCUAUCACACAAAAUUUGUUGGCAGAAAUUACAACUGACCACUUAGGAGAUAAUGCUAAAGUGUUUGAUGUGUUGGGUGAAUUUAAAGAAGUGGUACGGAAAAAGGAUAUAGAACUCAAAAGGAACAAGAAGCAUCAUCCAAGUAUCUAUCGGCAAUCAGAGUCAACUCUUCAUUUCAUUCGAUCCCAGGAGCUAGUCCUGUGGAAUUGAACGCUAUAUUGAAAGAGAGAAGACCUUGCAAGAACCACUUUCAUCAUCAGAAGAACAACAUUCUGCUCAGAACACAUAAGAGAGAAAGCUAAUUUUGACAAUAAUGUUUUUAGAUUUAAAUCAAGUUUAGAAAAAAGGGUGGAGUUGUCAGUGGUCACUGAACAGUUUGAGCUUUGUUUUCAGGAAUGCACACAUCGGAAGCUAGUCUUUGCACAACUGUUUAAGCCCGCAUCCAUAACUAAGCUUAGCAUGUCAUUUCAACAAGGAAAAGAAUCUGAUUACCUUAUCACACAAAUAUACCCAUUUUGACUGUUCCAUUUGGAAUAGAUCAGAGAAAUUGCUAUGAUUUGAUUCCCAGCAUGAAAAUAAAGCUUUAAUGCUGACUUUCAAAAUCAAUGAUCCAAACCAAAUGUUAGUUUCUAUGUCAAAGGAAGUUGGCAUUUUUGUAUAAGAUCCCGGAAAACAGCUUUUCUUGGGAAGUUCUGUGUUUUUUAACUAUUGCAGGGUGCUACACAUUUAGUAGCUUUGAUGUAUAAUUCAGAUAUAAAACUUUAAAUUUCUAUUUGUGGCACAAUAUCUAAAAAAGAAAAGGAGAUUUUAAAACUUGCUUAUUAACUUCAACCACAACAAAUAUUAACUGCUAACUACGUGCAAAGCACUAUGCUUGGUGCUAAAGGGGAUAUAAAGAUCAAUACAACCUAGUCCCUGUCCUCACCAAAGCUUUCAUUGAAGGAACUGGCUGUAGCACUUACAGAUAAUGAAUACAAAAUGAUAUUGGAUAAAUACAAGAUUGGUUCAAACCCAGUAUAUACAGUAGCAGGAGUGUGGCAAGGUAAAAAGUAUUUUUCCUUACUGAGAAAUCAGGAAGGACUUUAUGGAAGGAGAUGGCAUUUGAAUUGGAUCUUGUAGGAUGGAUAGAAUUCCCACAGGCAGAGAAAUGGAAGUAAGGGUGAGUUAGGAAAGGGAGACAUUCCAGGUAUGGGGAACAGUAAACAAAAGAAUCGUGUGGGGUCUACAUGUAUGAGAAAGUUAAUAGUCCCAUUUGACUGAACAUAGUGUGUAGAAGGAGUAUGAAUGAGCAGGAAGGAGCUUUUGAAGAGUUUUGAGAUCAUGACUCUUGCAGACCAUCUUUCAUUUAUUCAUUCCAAAAACUGCUUGACAAACUGCUAAGUCCAUAGUAUUAUGACAGAUGAUUUGGGGUAUCUCUGCUCCAAUGCUUUAUUCUGGUGGGGGCAGUGACCCUAGGUUCUUGAAGGCUGUGCCAGCAUUGUGUAAGCUCUGUCAGAUUUCAUAAUUUUAGAAAGGCUUUGAGUAUGGUGCUAGCAUUAGACCAAACCCCCUCCUCCCCCCAAGGACUAAACUACCUUACAGCAGAGAGAAAGGUUAUUGGAUGGGUGGCCACUUGGUAAUGAAUUUUUUUUGUGACGUCAAUCAAUACAACAAAGAAAAAUAGGGUGUACCCUUAAUCCUGAGCACCCCACUUCCACUUCUUCAGGGUUAGUGGCAUAAUCACAGAAGAAGGAGCAGGAGUGCUAAGAAUCACACAGUAUUUAGAUCCUUGGUAAAUUUGAAUUUUAUUAUUGAUAUACUAAAUUCAAGCUCCUUGUCCAAGACAUUUGGACAUUUUGAGUUGGACAAUGUGCAAGCAGACAUUUUGCUGGAGGAGCUGAAUCAUAGUACUCUUAACAUUCUUGCUAUAAGUGGAAUAAGGAGAAAGAAAUUAUAGAUAAUUGGAAGGAUGGCUUACAAGUACAUUUUAAAGAGGCAAAGAAAGGAGUUGUUGGAGUAAGUUUUAUUGAAUAUACAUCUAAAAGCAACAAGAAAUGUCAUUUCAUGGGAUAUUUGGCCAUCACAUAUUACACUACUAAUGAUAGAUAUUUGCAAAAAGACCACCAUGAAAAUAAUUGCAUCAUAUGUACUAAUAUUGGUUAUUGAAGAUGCAGUGAUAGACAAAUUCUAUGAAGAACUCAAAAAACUCCAAAUUAAAUCUCGCACCCCAAUUCUUGGUCACUUCAAUGAAGGUGGUAAAAGAUGAGGAUGGGGAGAAAUGUAUGGGAAAGCAUGGUUCAGGGAAGAAGGAAUGAGAAGCCUUAUAGAUUAGACAGAAGCCUUGAAUCUGUAUAUUAUGAACACUUUCUUCAAGGAAAGACUUGGCAGCUAAGUGGCACAGUGGAUAGAGCACCGACCCUGGAGUCAGGAGGACCCGAGUU